UUGUGCUUCCGGGUCACGUCUUGACAGCGGCUUUCCCAGCUCAACGUCACCCUGCUGUUCGGCAGUUUGGAGCAUGUAAACACACUCUGAGCCUUGAUGAGUUCCAGUAUGUGGUAUAUUAUGCAGAGCAUUCAGAGCAAAUACUCUCUCUCAGAACGCUUGAUCCGAACAAUUGCUGCCAUCCGUUCCUUCCCACAUGAUAACGUAGAGGACCUCAUCAGAGGGGGAGCAGAUGUGAACUGUACCCACGGCACCCUGAAGCCCCUUCACUGCGCCUGUAUGGUGUCAGAUGCUGACUGUGUGGAGUUACUCCUGGAAAAAGGAGCUGAGGUGAAUGCCCUGGAUGGUUACAACCGAACAGCACUGCACUAUGCAGCAGAGAAAGAUGAGGCGUGUGUGGAGGUCCUGUUAGAGUAUGGUGCAAAUCCCAAUGCUCUGGAUGGCAACCGAGACACCCCACUUCACUGGGCAGCCUUUAAGAACAAUGCUGAGUGCGUGCGGGCUCUCCUGGAGAGUGGGGCUUCUGUCAAUGCCCUGGAUUACAACAAUGAUACACCACUCAGCUGGGCUGCUAUGAAGGGGAAUCUUGAAAGUGUCAGCAUCCUUCUUGAUUAUGGUGCAGAGGUCAAGGUCAUCAACCUAAAAGGCCAGACACCCAUCUCCCGCCUAGUCGCUCUGCUAGUCAGGGGACUUGGAACAGAGAAAGAGGACUCCUGCUUUGAGCUCCUCCACAGAGCUGUUGGACACUUUGAAUUAAGGAAAAAUGGCACCAUGCCACGAGAGGUGGCCAAAGACCAACAGCUAUGUGAAAAACUGACUGUGCUCUGCUCCGCCCCAGGAACACUAAAAACACUGUCUCGCUAUGCUGUGCGCCACAGCCUGGGCCUCCAGUAUCUGCCAGAUGCAGUGAAAGGCCUUCCACUGCCAGCUUCUUUGAAAGAAUACCUGCUGCUUGUAGAAUAGCCUGGAGAUCCCUGAAUCAUCACACAGGCAACUCUGGGUGAGGUUUUCCCUGCAAUACUAUCUCUCAAUCAUGGAACACAGAAAAGAACUUGUUCCUGUUAUGUGGUUUAAACAUUUCAAAGCAACAUGUCACAGCAGUAACUUCCACAUAACCUCCCCUCCCCACGCUAAGCAACCAAACCUCCCCAAAAAACCCACAAAAAUGCGUCACUUUUCUUUGCUGUUUAUUGCUUACUUGGCGUUUUAUACUGCAAAAGAAGAGGUCUCCCCAACACCUGCCCCUUUAGGGAGAGUCAACCACGCAACUAAAAUUUCUCUAGGAAGAUGGCAAGUAAGGUGUGUGUGUGAUUUUCCUUUGGGGAUAGGAUUUAAUAGUACAGAAGAAUCCUUCUAGAAAGCUUUUUAGUUGAUUUGUGAAAAAGAUUUAAGAAAAAUCACAGUUCCAGCUAAGCAACAAUUGGCAUGCUGGGAUGAAGAUACUCCUGCCUGCAAGGGUAUCAUAGAUUGUGAAUUGAGCAUUUGGAAGGGACUGUCCCCUUACCCAAGGAAACAACAGGCUUUGCCUUUCUUCAUAAAUGUGCCCAGGGAUUAUUUCAGAUACCUUGCUGUUCCCACACUGAGGAGAGAGCAGGUUCGAAGCAAUCCUAAGAAGUCCUGAAAGUCCUGAACUAUUUUGAUGUGGUUCUUUCACUAAUGAGCUCAGGAGGCGUUUCCUGUGCUUUCGACAAAGGUGUCUUUGCCUUAGUCAGGAGAAUGAGAUGGGAUGCUUAAACCCCAUGGGUCUUCUCCAUUCUCUGUAGAAAGCUUGCUCUACUAAGAGAUAGUGUUUAUUGUAUUGGAAUCUUUGCCUUUCAUUGUUCUUUGGAAGUGGAGUUGAGGGAAUGGGGAAAGAAUAUAAAAGAGCUACUUUGGAGAUGGACCUCCUGCCCAAAAAAGAUCAGAUUCAGUGAACAAUAACUUAUCUACAAUACUCUUGCUUUUCAUGUUCUGAAAUUAGAUCAAGUUAAAUUUUUUUUGUAAAUGGUCUGUAUGCAUAUUUGAAAAUCCGUUUUCAAAAACUGGUUGGGAAUUACAAAAUGGAGUUUGUUACCAGCUAACUUGAAAAUGUCUUCCUUUGUCCUUUUGCUGUUAAUGGAGCUUUUUGUUUUUUGCCCAUUAAAAGAAGAAAUAAA